AUGGAGACGAUUAAGAGGGAAAAUAUACAGCUAGGUGAUAAUAGGACGCUGGUGGCCACGAUGGUGUCCGGCACGCUACCACUACCACCAAUGACUGCGGCGCGUGGUCAACCCGGGACACCAACACCACAGGCAGCUGUUACCACGGGCAGCACUGAGGCGACGUCGACGACGACUACGACGUCGCCUUCAUCAUCGACAUCGUUCGAGCUGGCCAACGAGACGGCAGCGAGCGACAAAUCAGUUCAUCCCCAGUCGCCGACUUCGCACCGUGCGUGGUUUCGGAAGUCCAACACCUGCGGCAGUCUGUACGUUCAGUGUGCCUGUGUACCGGAGGAACGCUCGAAAGAACCGGCCCCAAUCUCGACCCAGAAUCCACUGGUGGAGCCACCACGCCGCCAGACCCGGCCAAUCUCGCUCUCAGAUAAGGACAUCCGUCGGGUUCGGCCAGCGGCACCGUUCGUACACCCGGACAGUCCGACGACCGUGUACGGAGCAGCGGGUGGUACGAAGGAUGCCCUGCUGAGGGCGCUUCAAUCCCGCACGUCCCCGCUCAUUCCGACGGCUCAGACGGCGUCCGGCGACUACGAGAUCCUGCACACGGCGGCAGCAGCACAUUCCAAGCGCUUCUCAACUCCGACCAUCGGCACCAACUACGCCUUCCAUCCGGAGUUCGUACUUCAGAAGCUAACGGACCCGGUAGACGUGCAGGACGCGUCGAGGAACACCCGCCCGAGCGCGGCUAAGGUCGUGUUCAGGCAACGCAGCACCACCAGCUACACGGAGCUUGAGGACACCAGCAACGGACACAGCCACGAGGGGUCCAGUGUCGACGAGGAGAGCACCGUCCUCGGCCACGAGGAAACAAACAAAUCCAACGAGAAAGACGACGACAGCCGUCAAAAGGAGGUUCCCCGAGGCGAACAACCGGGCGCCGAUGCGAGUGCCUCCCGGGACGACACCGAGCGACACUGUCCGGUGGUGCUAAUUGACACGAACGGCACCAGCGGGGGAGUGACCGGGGCGAAGGCAGCGAGUAGCGCGUGUGCCAUCCCGGCCCGCAAGGGCAUCGAGUCCCAGCUGCUGUACGCUGGUCUCGCCGGCAGCAAGCUUAGCAUCUCGCUAGACAGUGGACGAGCGGUACACGAGCGGUUGGUGGCGGCGGCGGCAGCAGCGACCAGCGAAGAGUCGAUCAGCGCCGAGAACAGCCCACCGAGUCCACCCUCGCUGCUACUCAGCCCGGUGAUACCGUCGAAGUUCGACUGCUCCGCCAAGGAGUACCUCAUCCAGUCCGGCAUACUCGGUCCGAUGGGCAAUGGGUCGUCACUGCUCCUGCGCAAAACCUCCAAGAUCGUACCGAACAUCGACACGCCGGUCAAGGAGCGGAUUCGCAAGAAUUCGGUAAAGUUUUGGGGCAAGGUUUUGACGGAGGAUCGAAGAAAAUCACUCUCAGGCCGUUGUGACAGUCUUCAGUCGUACGGCAGCUCAAUGACGGUCAGCGGUGAAGAGCCGAACACGCUGGAGGAGGAGAUUCACAACUUACGGCGACUGCUAAGGGCGCGCGAUGACGAAAUCGAUAAACUUCGUCGGGAAAUCGACAAACUAAAGGUAGGUUAA